AUGGAACACAUCUUUUGGGGCUGCCCGGCGGACCCUCCACCCAAGGAACUCCAGAAGCCUGCAAGCACGCAAAAUUGGAAGACCCUGCUGGCCAGCUCUGCUCCGGACUGCAAAACUCGGCAGCCGGGUGCCGCCAUCAGCUUCCCGCUCGAGCGGCCAGUGGUCAUCGGCGCUGGUGACCGACGAGGCGUCGUCUGGGGCUGCGAGUUCCCGCCGCGGCUCAUCGUCACACGGCUGCAGCAAAGCAACAGUGUGGAGAGCAAUGCCGACAGCAGCAUCGAGCUGACGGACAGAGGCUCCAAGGAGUCCUUGGUACGUGGCGGAAUAGCGUGGCAAGGUCUUGAGAAUGCCUCUCAGUAUAUGCGAGCGCCGGCCAUCGCCUGCAUCGUCUUCGUCGGUGCUUUUGCCACCGCCAUGGUGGUGAAAAGCGCUUUCGGAAUUUUUUCGGGAGAGGAAAACGCCGAAUUCGCCUCCGACCCACCUGUGCACCUGCAGCUGCCUUCGAAUCCGCUUCAGCCGGACGACUCUGGCCCCGGCGUGAGAUUUUCUCACCGCUCGUACAACGGCACUGUUAAGCGAGGACGGUUCGUGCCCAGAAAGGAGAGUUCCGUGGCUACGACUGCGUUUAGUACGGACGAGCCGGACGGGACGUCUGGUACGAAAUCACUGCUGCUCGACACCGUUUCUUCAACCGAGGCCGGCAGCAGGACGCUCGGAACGAGAAAAAGAAGCAGGAAAUUUAGCGAAAAUGACAGCACGAGUUCGAUUAGUACAAAAGUAGAGUUGUCAGUCAGGACCUCCACCGCCAGCACCGUUUCUCAGUCGGAUAGCACUUCGGAGUCAACCAGCGGUGCCACAGCGACCCCGUCGUCGGGCGAGACCUCCUCCACCGGCAAUGGUUCGUAUCCUGAUAUCACCAACGUCGGUUCAGAAUCAGCGGGAGAUGUGAUAGCGAAUCGAUCGACGAAUACGCCCUCCAGUACCAGUUCCUAUCAAGCUAGCAACACUCCCGUGUCAAUGUCAGUGACCAGCGAGUCAACCACUCUGUCGAAAGGUGAAAACUUCGCCACUGGUACCGAACCUAACCGGGGUAGGAUUGCUGUUGGUUCAGAUUCAACAAGCAGCAGCGCAGCCACGUGGUCAAAAGGCAGGAGCUUUGUCACCAAUACCAGUUCCUCUCCAGGAAGCAACAUGAUUAGUUCAGACUUGACAAGUGACGAGGCAGUGACGAUGCAGCAUACACAAUCGGCAAGAACGACCAUGGUGGCAUAUUCUACGGGAAAAGCUGUUACCGUUAGCGAGCUGCCGGAUUUGAUAAGCACUUCGUCCGCCGCUAAACCUACGGACCAGGGCAGUACUGCAACUGAAGCUGCCAACUCGAGCACAGCUUCAACUGGAGUAGCAUCCUCACACGCUUCACCAGCCUGGUCUGCUGUGGACGAGCGCGCGAUCGGAAGUAGCCUUGCGGAGCUGACCUCGGAUACCAGAGGCAACUACAGCGCUCCUGAAGCGGGAGUAGCGCUGGGGGAGACCGUUCAGGAGGCGGACGCACAGGGUUCGGGGGCUCUGCUCCCGUCGGUACUGUACGCAACGCCCGGCCGAGCAUUCGCUUCGUCCGGUGACAGCUUCGACGAUGGCGGCCGCGGGAGGCGGAGGACCAACAGCGACAGCCAACGAAUGCGCGAGGAGAUAAUGGCGCUCGCUCGUUCUCCAAGCUGCUGGCGUCCGCUGAUGGUCUUCGUCUUCAGCCUGGUGAUCGGCGCCACGCUGGCGCUGGCCGCCUACGGAAUCAGGGGCGCCCGCCUGCGCGGUGGAGGAGGGAUGCAUCCUCGCGGCAACGGCACGUACUAG